AUGGCCGCAGACCGAUGGGGUGGGGGAGACGUGGGAGGAGGAGAGGGUGCGUGGGGCCGCGGGGAGGCGGAGAGCGAGGGCGUGUGGGAGCGCGUGGUGUACCAGGCGGACGACAGGGGCGCGCUGGAGCGCCUCAUGAAGCGCAAGGGCGCGGCGGGCGGACGAAAUGCAGCGGGGCCGAAGCCUUUGAUUGGUGAACCACAAGCCGCUGUCUCUGCACUUGGAGAGUCAGCAGCGAAUAGCAGGGACGCGUCAGGAGUGAAAUUUGGGUGGCCGGGUUUGGCAGCAUCCGACGUGGCAGGGAAGGAAAAAGGUGACACGUGGCAGCGGGCCAAGUGGGGCCUGCGAUGGUUUGACUCGCCCACUGCUGAUGACUGGGAGGACGGCUUCCCCGACGACCACGUGGACGCUCACGAUGCACCCCAGGCUGGACAUGCCGCUAGGGAGGCUCGCGAUGUGGGUGAGGGGGAGGAGGCACGGGAGGCAGUGCAGGAGCGAGGGCGCGAGGGGGAGGGCGGGCAGGGGGAGUACAGCAGGCGCGUGGCGGAGGGGCUGCUGGAGCGCCUCUCCUUCAUGCCCGCCCCGUGCCCGCCGCCACCACUGCAUCCACCAGCACUGGUGCCUGCCGCAUCGCCCCUACCUGCACCCCAGCCGUGUGAGACAGCCGCUCAGCCUGGGCUCUCCACCUGCCCACCUGUACCUGCCCACCCUCCCCCUGCCACUCUCCACCCUCCCUCGCUACCUGCUGCACCCCCGGCGCCACCUGCACCUGCUGCAGCGACUGCUGCCAUGGCAGCACCAGCAGCAGCACUGGCAGCAGCAGCCGUCAUCCCAUCAGCACCCACACGGACCACCGUCGCCAAGUCAUCACCAAGCCUCGUCUCCCUGCUACCCCCCGUGCUGCCUCCGCCUCCUCCCCACCCUGCAUCCUCCUCCCCGCCCAUCACAACGUCACAGAGGGGGCGGGCGGCGGGCAAGGCUUCAGUGGCGCGUGCGAGGCAGGAGAUGCAGGGGCAGGCUUGGGCAGAAGGGCAGGGGCGCUCGCAGGGGGGAGAGAUGGAGGGCAGCAGGGGAGGAGGGGCGGUGGGAGGGUUGGCGCAGCAGCUGCUGCAGCUGACAGGCGCACCUCCACCCCUGGCGCAUGGGGGGAAGGGGAGAGGCGGGCGGUACCGUGGGAAGAAGGACAAGGUGCGUGCCACAACAGCCCCGGCGCCCACCAGCUCGCAGGCAGCGCCAGCAUCGGCACCCAUGGCGCUGCAGCAGCAGCUGUCACAGCUGCACGCGUCUCAGCCGCUGCAGGGGCAUUCCUCCCAGCACUGCCAGCAGCGGUGCGAGCAGCGGUAUGAGCACGAGGUGCAGGCUGAAGCACUGCAACCUCUGAGUUACCAACAUCAAUCUCAGCAGCAGCAGCAGCAGCAGCAGCAGCAGCAGCGGGAGGCGGCGAUGUUUGAGUGGGUGGCAAGGGGCGUGGAGCGCAUUGGGGGAGACACUCUCCAUGGGCAGGUGUGGCAGGCGGUGUGCUGUCAGCCACCAUGGGAUUACUGGCUAGCAUCCAACCUCUCCCAUUCCGCCCGUCCUCCCCCCGCCCCACACCUCGCUCGCCUCGCUGCUGCCGCCACUCCCCUCGCCCUCGUGUGCCCCUCCCACCCCGAGAGCACGCGCCACUGCCUCCUCAGGGGGCAGGCCCAGAGGGCCCACCGCUGCAAGCGGCAGCAGCAGCAGCAGCAGCAGCAGCACGAGUUACAGGCAGGCAGCGUGCACGAGGAAGUGCAUGGUGCACAGGCAGUGCCGCACACACGGGAAGAUGCAGCACAGGCGCACGCGCCUUGGGAUGGCAUGCGUGACUUGCAUGUGACUGUAACGAGUGUGAGCUUCGAGGGCCACGUGGCAGUGUGCCUGUGCCUGCAGAGUCAGCAACAUGCCACGUCAGCUGCUUCCAUGAGUUGGCAUGCAGGCGAUCCGAGUGUGGGAGGUGCAGAUAGAGACGAGAAUGUGGCAGGAGAAGCAACGAGAUCCGCAGGCAACGCCUCUCAUCAGAAGCAGGCCCGCCCCUUCCUUGCAGUCAUCCCCACCAGCAGCACCACCCUCAACAGCUCCGCACCGUUUGCAGCCACUGCUGGCACUGCCGCUGCCUUUCCUGCCCCCAGUGCUUCGCACGCACCUGCCAUUCAACCCGGCACAGCCAUCAUUAUCCAUCCCCCCUGGUACCACCUCCCCUUGUUGCUGCCUCCCCCGUGGGGCCCCACCCACGCCGUCUUUGCCACUCACGCCACUGACACCACGCACACCGCUCCUGUGGGCUGCACGCGAGGUGCUGAGGUGCCAGUCGCCGGGCUGGCAGCAGAGGGCGGGGCAGCACCUCACAAGGGGCUGCAAGUGGACAUGGGAGGGGGGAUGGCAGCAGCAUGGGGAAACAUGGGCUGCUGA